UAACGUUGUAACUUGCCCUAAGAUAACUCUCAUCCCCUCAUCCCCUCUACAUGGACAUAUCGACACCCUUCGUUCAUCUCUCCCCUGUCAUCUGGUAGACUGACACUGGAGAAACCUACUUCUAUCUCUUUGCCGCCGCAGUCUCAUCUCACAUUCUUCCUCCCUAUAUGACCGAGAAAGCAGGAGCCCGUUGUUCCCUGUGUACAACGUGUAUCCGACACGCCCACGAUCCGAGGUUAAGGCACAUUCAAAGAGAUGCCCGGGCGUUAGGGUAGCGAGGGACAUGUCACAUCCCUUCAACAACAACAACAACCAGCAACGAUGGGCCUGUUCAGUAAAUCCAAGGCAAACCUCAAGAAAAACUCGAACGACCACGCAACAUCACCAGCCCCUCCGCGUCCUCUUCCGGGACAGCAGUACACGAACUCGAAUCCCACGACCCAGAUGCGCACUCAGACUCAGAGCCCUUCGAACUGGACACAGCAACAAGGAAACGGUCAAGUUGUAGGCCACAGCCACCAUCAUUCUCCUCAACAGCCCGCGCCUGUAGGAUUCCAAACGGGAUACCGACCACAACAAGCGCACCCACAGCUACCAUCGCAGCCGCACCAGCACCACCAGUACCAACAGCAACAACAGCAACAGCAACAGCAACAGCAGCCCAUCGUGGUAAAUCAAUACUACUUCGUCCCGCCGCCGCCACAACCCUCGCCACACCACUUGGAACAACACUCACUGCAGCCGGGUACUCCCCCAGCCGGCGCCUCUACCACCCAACUUGUCAAGCCCACCUCGUCUUCCCUGAACCUCAAUGCCACUGUGCAGGACUGGUGUAAACAUGAGGGCUGGCACCCCCAUGCCACCUUACUAUUAACCCAGUCUGCCGCUUGUGUCGACCUCAUUGCCGACUGUUUCAACAACGUCAUGACCAGCAUCGACAGAGACCAAUACAAGGGUCAUGAGAGAGACCUCUUUACCUAUCCUUACCGGGCUCUGCCUCCUGUUCCUUCUACUCCUCCUCCUCCUCCUCCUCUUCCGCCGCCUCGUCCUCAGGAGCAGGCCAUAGUUCACCACCCUCCCUAUCAGGAGGACGCCCAGCCUGACCGGUCCUAUGGUAGGGAGAGGAGGCGUCGCCAUGAGGGGAAGAAACCGAAGAAGUACCACGCCUAUCCAGGGGUCACAGACAGGGGGAAAGAUGUCGGUCUUGUCACCUCUGGUGUUGCGGGCAAUUGCUUCUCCAAAGUCGAAUGCUACGCCAACGCCCGUUUGCCACCUGAUCUCCCCCGUCUGCGCCUCCCCGUUGAGAAUUGGCGCCUGGUGUGCCUGGCUGCCCAGUACGCGGAACGCGUCUACGAUGCUGCCAAAGGCGCCGAGCGCGAGGCCCACGUCUCCGCCGACUUGUUAGCCGGCACCAAGGCCAUGGUGAUCAAAUCUGUCCCCGUGGAUGACAAGUCAGCCCUGGUCUUUGCUAUCCGGGGCUCUGCGUCGUUUGUGGACUGGGCUGUGAAUCUCAAGACGGCCCCGACCACGCCUCGAGGUUUUCUCGACGACGAAGGCAACCUCUGCCAUGCCGGCUUCCUUUCCGUCGCCCGCCGCAUGGUUCGGCCCGUCGCCGCUCGCCUCCGCCAGCUAUUAACCGAGGACCCCUCCCGUGCCGGCCACAGUCUGGUCAUCACCGGCCACUCUGCCGGGGGCGCUGUCGCCGCCUUGCUCUACUGUCACAUGCUUUCGUCCUCGUCUGCCGCUCGUAGCGAGCUCCGAGAGCUGGCUGGUCGCUUUCGUCGCGUACACUGCGUCAUCUUCGGCACACCUCCCGUCAGCUUGCUUCCCCUCGCGACCCCGGACGGGCCCCAGUUUCGAAAGAGCCUGUUCCUGAGCUUCCUCAACGAAGGGGAUCCUGUAGCAAGGGCCGAUAAGGCAUACAUCAAAAGCCUCCUCGACUUGCUCGCCACGCCGGCCCCCAAGCUGCCUACCCUCGGGAAGGAGAAUAAGAAGGAGGACAAAAGGGCGAGGCGAGCUGCCCCGGUAUGGAGGGUGCCCACUUGCACGCUGAGCUCCCCGGGGAGGAUCGUGGUGCUGCGUAGCGGGACACCGGAGACCAGGGGCGACAAGCGGACGGUCGGAGACCGAUUGAAAGAGGGCGCUGUCGCCCUGACGACGACGGAUGAAGGGUUACGAGACGUUAUCUGGGGAGACCCCGUGUGUCACGUCAUGAGGCUAUACGCCGGGCGUGUUGAACGGCUGGCCGUGAAGGCGGUGACAGGGAAGAGGGGAAUAAGAGGGCGAGUGUUUGGGCGAUGACGACGGUGGGAGUCUUGUUGGGUGUGGUGACGGCGUUUCCAUUUUUUUCUUCUUUUUUUCUUUUUUUUUUCUUUCAUUUUUGGCAUGACAUGAUACCAUUUGACGACCAUUUGAUUGACGAUUUGAUUGAUUAUAUAUAGUGUCUGUAUUUAGACUCAAUGGGUCAAACUAUUGCGUACUCCUUCUUUUUACCAGAUCCUCCGCCAGCGAACUCUCAUAUCCCGAUCGGGGGGCACGGAUGCGGCGCCAAAAAAACGGUCGUCCUCCUUCGCCUCGCGGUCGCUCGUGCGGGCGUGACCAUUGUGGUCAUCAUGGUACACCCAGUCGACAAACUCCAUGUCAAAUCGGGAGACCAGCAUCGCCACGGCGAGCAUGAUUUCCUGCUUUGCAAAGUGGCGUCCGGGGCAGAUGGACGGACCGCCUCCGAAGGGGAAGAAAUCCGCGCUGCGGGCCGAGGGGACGAAUUCGAGACGAGGAGACGAAGAAGUG